GAACGGAGCGCGGGCGCAGGCGCGGCCAUGGCGCACGGGCCCGGGCGCUGCAGCUGCUGCUGCGGGGAGGCGGCGGGCGGCGGGGCCGCGGCGUGGGGCCUGUACCUGCGCAUCGACCGGCAGCGCCUGCAGUGCCUCAACGAGCGCCGGGAGGGCAGCGGCGCGCUCGUGUUCCGCGCCUGGGAGGAACGCGGCGACCGCGCUCAGUUCGUGGAAAGCGACGACGAUGAGGAGCUUCUGUUUAACAUCCCGUUUACAGGCAGCGUGAAACUGAAAGGAGUAAUUGUGAUGGGAGAAGACGACGGGACGCACCCAGCAGAGAUGAGGCUCUUCAGGAACAUUCCUCACAUGUCCUUUGAUGACACAGCCAGGGAAGCUGAGCAGACCUUCAGCCUGAACCGGGAUCCCACGGGCGAGCUGGAGUAUCCCACCAAGAUUGCCCGUUUCUCCAACCUUCACCACCUCUCCAUCCACUUUCCCAAGAACUUUGGAGCGGAGUCAACAAAGAUUUUUUACAUAGGCCUGAAAGGGGAGUGGACAGAGGCUCAUCGCCACGAAGUCACCAUCUGCAAUUACGAAGCAUCAGCAAACCCAGCUGAUCACAAGUUGGAACAGAUCACCCCACAGACUCACUUCAUUUCCUAACAGUGCUGCCGGGCUGUGCACGGGUGUACGGACACGCUGGGCUGACUCGGACACAAGUGACUCCCUGAAGCACUGCAGCGUGUCGCAUCAGCUUUGCGUGUGGGACUGUGGUGGCAGAGCCGGGGCCGCUGCGUGCGGCGGGGCGGGCGGCCGCUGGGGGAGGCAGCGGCGGGCGCGGCGGAUCCGCUGUGCUGCGCUGCUGCCGGAGGCUCGGGCUGUGGGCGGCGGGACGCUGCUGGCUGCCACCGUUUACAAUAAAGCAGGCGCUGCGGCGCGGA